GAAUCAAGGAGAGGCCUUGAAUUCAUAUUACGAUCGCCCACUGAAUAUAAAAGAGUUUAGUCUUGUAAAGUUUUAUUUUACUUUGUUUUAUUCACAAUCGGUAAAAUAAUAAAUAAACAAUUUUAAUUUUUCAGAUGUGCAAACGGAGGACAACCUCCAGUACCAGUUCUACCCAGUAUCAUCGGGUUCCGUUCAAUUUAAGGUGCGAGCAGCCAAUGAUGCUCACUUGGCACUCACUAUGGGACCCCAAGAAUCAGACCCCAUGUAUGAGGUCUUUAUCGGUGGGUGGGGUAAUAGCAAAAGUGUAAUCAGAAGGAACCGUACCAAACCUGAUAAAGUCGAGGCUGAUACACCUGGUAUUCUCAACAGUGGGGAAUUCCGUGGUUUUUGGGUACGUUGGGAUGGCGGCGUCGUUUCCGCCGGCCGAGAAGGAGAAGUCAUCCCAUUUGUGUCCUGGACAGACCCGGAGCCAUUCCCUGUAGCUUUCGUAGGAGUCUGCACAGGCUGGGGUGCCUCAGGCUCAUGGAAAAUCGAAGAUGGUGCUGAAUUUGAUACACCAGACAAGUUAGAGUACAAAUUCGGACCGGUAGCUGCGGGCUCCCUCCAAUUUGAAUACCGUGGUCCACAUAAUGCACACUUGUGUCUGACACCCGCCCCAGCGGAAAUUAAUCCUAUGUACGAAAUCAUACUUGGAGGCUGGGAGAACACCCAGUCAGUCAUUAGAUACUGCAGAGAGAAACCUGACAAGGUAAUAUUACCGACGCCAGGAAUUAUGAAUCCCAACGAGUUUAGGAAAUUUCUGAUCGAAUGGAAAUGUGGCAGACUGCUUGUAAGGGAUGGAACUUCUGGAGCAGUGCUCAUGGAGUGGGUUAACCCGUCUCCGGUCCCCGUGACACACUUUGGCGUACGCACGGGCUAUGGCGCCCGCGGCCACUGGCGCAUCAUGCACUUCGGCGCACCAGGCAGCCUUCCACCAUCAGCGCCUGUAGCGGCCCCUCUGUACAGUAGCCCGCCCGGAUACCCUGGUGGUCCCAUGGGAGGAGCUGGUCAGUGGGUAGAUGCUGCUAAUGGACAGUUACCACCUGGAGCUGUAGCUGGCGGACAAGACUGUAGCGGCGAGCCACUGUUCAUUGCUAGAGCGCAACACGAAGGCGCCACGAUCCCUGGAAAACUACUCCAAUCUCAUGGCUGUGCGUUUGUACCCUGGGGCGGGUUGGAGCAUAGCAAACCUCAAUAUCAGGUACUAGUCGGAGGUCCCAAUAACUGGGUACCAACAAGCGGAUCCGCCAUCCCCCCCGGAGCGUUCCCUGGUGGUGUGUCUGAAGAUGGGGAAACCCUUUUCGUAGGCAGAGUACGUCACGAAGGAAGCCUGACCACAGGCAAAGUUCAGCAAUCUCACGGAGUCUGCUACAUCUCUUUUGGAGGCCAGGAAUUAAGCUUCCCCGAAUACGAAGUCCUUGUUUCUUAAAUCAUAAAAAAUAUGCUAUUCACCCAACGAUAAUAUUGUCACAAAUAUAUCUGACAGUCUAUAAAAUGUCAGUCCAAAUUAAUGUUGUAUCCAGAGACAAAAAAAUUAUCACGCUGUGCCUGUUUGUAUUUUUGUUAUAUUAUUGAAUGCACUGCAUAAUACCUAAGUAGUUUAAGGUGCAUGUAAGCAUUUACAUGUUAUUUUAAUUUUAUUAAAUUAUUUUAUUAUAUAUUAUUUUAUUAUAUAGUUCUGUGUUUUUGUACUCAUUUUACCUUAAAAACUUAGAUAGUCAGAAGAAUAAUUAUUAAUUUGUCA